UAGAUAAACACAACAUCUGAUCACGACUAAAAUUGUCUCUACACACGACAUCUUAUAAAUAUCUCUGUCUAUCAUCAUUACAUCAACUACCAUUUUGAUCUACAAAAAAUAAGUACCAUCACAAAGUAGAUUAAUAAAAUUCUGGAAAACCCCAGAAAAUUCACACAGAUUAUUACUUGAACUAAAAAAAAUGAGUGAAGAAAAGGGUGAUUAUCAUUAUCACCACCAUGAUGAAGAACAACCACCAGCAGCAGCAAUCCAGUAUGGUACUUUUCAAGGGGUUGCUAAUUAUCCACAGCCCCAGCCAGCUAUGGGCUUCCCCCACCCUGCUCCCCCGCCUGGACACUAUGCUCAGCCCACUUCACAGGCCCACCAUUAUGCCCAUGGCUACCAGUCUUCUGUUCCAGGGUAUGCAGUUGCUGAAGGAAGACCAAUCAGAGAGCGCCGGCUUCCUUGUUGUGGUAUUGGAUGUGCCUGGUUCCUGUUCAUAAUUGGUUUCUUUCUUGCUGGUAUCCCUUGGUAUAUUGGUGCAUUUGUUCUACUCUGUGCCAGAUAUGACCAUCGGGAGAAACCAGGAUAUGUUGCGUGCACUAUAGCUGCUGUUCUUGCUGCUAUUGCUGUGGUAUUUGGUCUGACAUCUGAUGAGUGGGAUUGAUGCUUAUGUGCUGAGGUGGAGCUGCUUCUUGUAAAGUUGGUAUUGCAGAUAUUUGUUUUAGGUUGUACAAUUAUUCAUAGCUAUAUGUUUUUUCCAUGUAAAAUGUUGACUUGUUAUGUUAUUGAACUGCAUUGAACAAGUUUGUUUGUCACAGGGUAACAAAUGAGUAUUUUAUAUUAUGGAGUA